GUGGAAAUUGAUUUCUGGGCGGAGGAUGAAGGACCGUAGGCUACAGAUCGCGGUGAUGCUCAGAAAGAGUAGCCAUUAUUGACUCCUCAAAUAAUUAAUUUAAAAACGAAAGGCUUGUAAUAUCUGUCGAGUCUUACCGUGUUUAUUACAUUUGCUCAGAUCACCAUACGGAUAUAUUGUAUUUAUUUAUGACUGAGUGGUAUACAGGGCACAACCUAUAUGGAUUUAUACGGAAAGAUGGCUGCCACUCAGGGGACCAUUCAAGGGAAGGAGGGGGGAGACCAGAACUUUGACUACAUGUUUAAACUGCUGAUCAUUGGCAACAGCAGCGUAGGUAAAACCUCCUUCCUGUUCCGCUACGCUGAUGAUGCUUUCACCUCAGCCUUCGUUAGCACGGUGGGCAUCGAUUUCAAAGUCAAGACCGUUUACAAGAAUGACAAGAGGAUCAAACUGCAGAUCUGGGACACGGCAGGACAGGAGCGGUACCGGACCAUCACAACCGCAUACUACCGCGGUGCCAUGGGCUUCAUCCUCAUGUAUGACAUCACAAACGAGGAGUCCUUCCACUGUGUGCAGGACUGGUCCACCCAGAUCAAGACGUAUUCGUGGGACAACGCACAGGUGGUGCUGGCUGGUAAUAAGUGUGAUAUGGAGGAGGAGAGGGUGGUUGCUGCAGAUAGUGGGAGACAGCUGGCUGAACAACUGGGUUUUGAGUUCUUUGAGACGAGUGCCAAAGACAACAUCAAUGUCAAACAGACCUUUGAGUGCCUUGUUGACAUCAUUUGCGACAGGAUGUCUGAGAGCUUGGACACUGACCCGGCCGUUACCACAGCAACGCCCAGCACCAAACUGACAGACAGCGCCCCUCCCCUCCAGCAGCCCGCCUGUAACUGUUAGUGGCUCCUCCUGCUCUCUUUGUUGCCAAGAUACCCAGUCGCUUAGAUAUAUUCUGCAUCCUGAAUGGCACCUAGUUUCCUGCACUUCAGUGUAGGGAAAAGGGCACCAUUUGGUCCACAGCUGUAAAGGGUGUCUGCUGUUUAGGCUGGUUUUCCUUUUUGCCUUUUAAUCAGCCAUUGACUUGGGAUGGUUUUUUCGGUGCACACUGUGGCCAAUCAGUGACAGUAGUUGAUCAGUUAUGUGCCCAGAUGAAAGGAAAACCAGCAAGACUGGAGUUGUACACCUCUAUCUUCUGUUCUCCUGGUGUGCCAUCUGAUAGCUUUAGUUAUCGUACAUCAGGGGCAAUUUGUGCUCUCUUGCCAACUCCUUAUGGAAGUUUCUUGCCAAAUGUGGCUUGGCUGGGUUUGGCAACAAUGGGGUUGGCAGGUGCACAUAUCUGUGACCUGGCGAGCAGUCAAUGUCUGUCUCUCUCCGUAGCUCUGUUGAAGUACAGAUCCUAACACCUUUCAUUUUGUACAAACAAUGAAGGUCUGAAGAUGUCUGAUGAGUGUGUCUGGGCAGACCUAUUACAGGAUGGCUGCUGAUACAACACCACAAGCAUUAGUGUUUUUUAUCUUUCUUUAAAAGUAUGUUUUUAAACCACAGAUUGACAACAGGUGGAUCAUGGGCCAAAGCUGGCCCACAUGAGAUUUUUUUGAGCCCCUCAGCUUUUUAUACAUUUUUGGAAAUAUUCCAAUUAACAAAAUAAGGCACGUUUUAAAUAUUUGGUAAUUCAGCUGACACUCUUCUCCAGAUUGACUUAUAUUAGUGACUGCAUACAUUUGAGUGCCUAUACUACUUUAGUAUAGUAUAUAUUUCAUUGUAACUAGGACACCCCUACUCUUACAAUAAAUGCCAGGGUAUGAAUUAAAAAUCAGUGUUUUUUUAUUUUGAUUAAUCUAGGUAUUGAUGUAUUUGUUUGUUUGUGGUUUGUAUGUUUGUUAGUGUCACAUAUUAACUUCUGUUGCAUAUAUUAAUCAAAUAUUAUUCAGUGAAAUGUUGAACUGUUAGGUGAUCAUUGAUUUCUGUUGGAAGUGUGUGUAUGUAUGGGUGAGUGUGAGUUUUGGGAAGAGAGAAUCAGAAUGAGUGUGGCAGUGUGAUUACUUUACCUGGGAUCAGAAAAUAAAUGUGGCCUUUUAGUAUUUCCAACACGGCCGCUUCUCCUUUGUGCAUACCUGCCACUUUUAGUUCAUGAAUAUUCCAUGGAUCCGUUUUCUCUUUGUGACCGUACGUGUAUUUGAAGUAGUAGUCCUGAUGUGUGAUCUGAUGAGUGUCUACAUAUCCUCUUUCCCCAGCCUUAUUAAGAAUAUGACAAGUGUUCUGUGGAAUAGCCAAUAAAAUGUGUUGUUCUACCCAGACCCUUACAGUUAGGUUUACCCAGAGUAUAAACCAACCCCUUUCUCAUGUCCUAAUACAACAAACAUUGUAAUGCCAAGAUAUGAUGUUGUUAGACGGAUAUGAAAGCCGUGACUGUCUGUCGGACUGGAUAAACAGCAAUAUUCCCUGAAAAAGGGUUUCACGUUGAAUGAGUCCACAUGUUCGUAUUCCAUACAUUUGCUGUAUGAGCUACCAUUUCUUAGAAAGUGCAUUUUUUCCUCAUCUCUGAUCAACCUUAGUAUAGGAUAAUUUUGUUACUGUCUCUGCCAAUGCUUGGGUGAAGCAAAUUGUCCUUUACGAGGAACAUUCACCUCACAGUAAACAAAUCUACCAUAUAUUAGGUUAAUAGUAACAUGGAUUAGCUUGAAAUAUCACAAAUCAUAGAAGCAGUAUAAGUACAUACAUUUACAGUAAUUGUGCCAAAAAAAAUGGCUGUAGUUUGUUUUGCAUUGUAUAGUGUUUUGCCUAGAAAAAUGAAGGUUAAAAAAGAAAGGUUGCAUGAAAACAUUACAUUAUCUAUAUUUAUAUAUCUAAGGGUGUAUUAUCUAUGUUAUAGAAUUAAGUGCAUCCUCAUAGCUUUGGCUGUGGGAUGCAAUGGGCCAACAUGUGCAAUAUUUUAUUAAUUAUUUCCUGUAUAUAGUCCUCCUAGUACAGUAUAUCUGCGGUUGGGUGAAUGGUUUAAUGUUUGUGUUUUGCACUGGAAGCAUCAUCACACAAACACUAAAUAUUGUGUGGGUGUUUGUCUGUGUGUGCUUAAUCUGUUAUUCACAGCGAGGUAAAUGAGGUAGUGUGUAUGUAUGUGUGUAUAACUUAUUGUGUGUACCUUUUCUACUGAUGCAUAUUAAUGUACUGUACCUUAAUCUCCCAGCCAGAUAAUUGUCGUUUAUCUCGUACUAUAUGUCAAAAUGCAGUGUUGUGGAUGAUGGUCAGGGAAGUGAUGUAUACCAUAUCAUAUACCCUACUGAUAUUAGUCAAUGUCAUAAAAAAGGAAAAUAUCUGAAACAUGAUGUUGUCUGUCUGUGACACUUUAUUAUUAACUGUACAUCAAUAGACAUUUUCUCUGCAGAGAAUGAAAUCCAUUAAAGUGUUUUCAAAUCUAA